AUGCCCCCCACUACGCCCUCCUUUGACUGGUCCCAGGGCUCCGUCUUCCUACAAGACGGUAUAAUUUACUACUCUCCCAAUUGUAACCGACCAGUCCGUAUCAAGGCCCCAGAGCGGAAUCACCCCCACCCAUUCCCCGAACGUGCAGAGCCAGAUCCCACCUCUGUCAAGCAUCCUGUCUGGUGGACAGACACCUUUGGGUGGAUGUCCUUCAUACCGCUCAACCCAUCCUUUAUCUCCGACCCCUUCGACACCUUUACCUGGCAGCCUGAGCUGGAUGUAACUCCUAGCUAUAAUACUCCACCCGGUCCCACUCUCUACCAGCUCGAAAUUCAUACUAUAAAGCAUUGGCGGUUUAAGGAACAAUGUUUACUGGAAGCUGCGCACAAAAUGAAGCUAUGGUACCACGUACCAGCCAGUCAACCACCCCCGCCUUCCAUCUUUAAAUACGAUGAGCCCUACACAUCGAAAGAAGAAGCUUAUCGCCAGAUUAAAUUGGCGCGAGAUUGGUUUGCCGUAUGGAUGGGAUUCUUUGCAUAUUUCGCUGCGUGUGCAAAGUAUGACAAGUAUUGUGCAGGAAAGAUGGUGAGAGAACAGGGCGAGUUACUACCCCGAUGGUAUACCAGGCUGCUCGAGGAGGUUCCGAUGCUACAGCGAUCCUGGUUGGACGGGCUUUUAACAUCGCCAGCGUGUGUAUUCUCACCCGACACUCAGCGUGCAGGGAUAGUUAUUCCCUGGUAUGAAUAUGACAAUCGGAGGCCCGAGAUACAGUUCUUCCUGGACCAGCAGAUUCCUGUUUUCUUUCCGUGGUGUGCCAUCGCAGAACAGGCCAUCAUAAACAACCCCACCCUUCGCUAUCUUGAGCCUCCUGCAAACCUUGUUUGGGAUGCCCUUGAGAAGUUUCUGAACCGAUUCCCCAGUGUUCCUCUCGCUGGCCUAAUCCUUAGGUCCUACUUUCGAUUUCAUGAUCGCCCGCUGCACUCCACCAAACAUAUAUUGAGAAUGGAACACAGUACGUCGUUGGUCACGAAAUAUAUGUAUGAAAAAUUUGCCUCGCAAACCGACAAGGUCAAGGCGGCUAUGGAGGAGAACCAGGUGGAGGCCACGGUUGCAGAAUUGAGGGAGAUAGUAAGCCGAGCCAUGGACAUGGACCUCGCAGAGGCCGAGCGAGCCAUAGCAAAUCUCCCCACUCACGAUUGGAUGGACAAAGGUGACUACCACCGGAGAGGAGAGUUGUACGACCACGUCUCGAUAUUCUUGGAGAAACGCGAGAGAAACCAGCGCUUUAUCAUUGCGACUGAGACCGAGGACGCAAAGAUCAAAAGGCUUCAAAGAGAGGAGGCCCUCCCGGGGUACAACACAUCGGUCUAUAGGUGGAAAAGUGUCACGACGCCGGGGGGGAAGGAAUUAUACAUGCGAGUUCGCCUCCUUCGAUCAAAGCACGAGAGACUGUUCGCAAAGGUGCCUCCCUCUCAACGAACAUACAAUGCAGUCUCAAACGAGUGGGACAUUUUUGAUGAAGUGGAUUUGCCACGAAAAUAUCUGCAAUUUGUGGACCCCCCUCCUAGGAAGGACGGUUAUAUCUACGACUAUCCUAUCCAAGCCGCCCGCAUCAAUCCCCAGUCCAUCAUCCCCGACAACGAUGUACCCCGUGUGGAAUCCGUUCCCGUCAUCCCAGAACCCUGUGUAGACUCUUCCUCGGGUGGUGCGACUUCCCCUCAUGAACCUCAGUACGAAACAUUCCCCAUGGACACGGAGGAAUUUCAGGAGGGGCCUUCCCAGCCUCCGGUACAUCGUCCAGAGCCGGGCCCCUCCACCAUGGAUACCGACACUGAUGAAGCUUCGAAAAUCCACGAUUACGAUUGGGACACCGCCGACCUCAUCUCCAACUUGCGAUACAGCUAUGGAUUCGUAGCCUCUGUAGUCCCGAAGAAGGAGGAUAAGACACCGGAAGGCUGGAAACACGCCUGUCAACACUUUGGGUUUAGGAAGGAUGGGGCAGAACAGUUUGUCUCAAACACGGAUCGUCAACUCAUCUGUCAGUUUCAUGACGGUUUGAUGGGGUCAACUGACCGUCCGCUCCCUCAAGACAUUCACGAUCUCCACCCGCAAAAUUACCUAUCCCUUCAAGUUUUAGGGAAUCUCAGCCUCAUCCAUCGGCCCAUCCCAAAUCUAUUUGUUUUCGCUCAUCACGACAUACGUGCACCUCAGGAAGAGUCCGACAGAAUGUCUGCUGAUUGGAGUAUUGGAGUCGAAACCCCAGAGGCUGCUUUAUAUGUCUUACGAGUCUUCCAGUCCCAUCCUGGGCAUACAGUUGUGCAUCAACCCUACAAGGAAGUUACCUUUUACCGCAAAGUCAGCUACAAGUUUACCAACGACGACUAUGAGUCCUCGAUGCUGGCCUGUCGGCAGAUACUGGACCAACAACGCGGUCGUGCAGCGCUACUCAUGGGUGGAAUAGUAGGACGAAUCGCCAAAGAGUAUCUGAGCACAGAGUCUGUUCUCCAGGGCCCAUCAGUGGAAUUGCUGAGAAAUGGACGCGGAUAUGUCGCUAAUCCAGAGGCCGAGUUGCUGGCUUACUGCGAUGACGGGCUUACAGAACACGAUAUUGCGAUUAUUAUCGGGUCGUAUUCUCUCAUGACGGAUUUUAAAAAUCAGGUCGGAGUCAAGUCUUGGUUUCCUCCCCCGGCGGUAUGGAAUGAAAUCGACAGGAAUGGGAUAGGAUGGCUGGAAUGGACUGAACGCAACGAGUACUGGUACCAGACUAGGCUGGAAUUAAUUCGAAAUGGCAAAGCGCAACCUUUAACGCUUCAAGACUGGAAGAGCCUUCUCAAAAAUAAGCCAGUCCGUGUUCUAAGGGAAUCGGUGCGAGCUCGAUCAGCGGCAUUUGUCCAUGAACAUAUCCCCGUAACCAGGAAUCCUCGUAGAUAG